AUGACAUAAUGAGGUCAAAGGUUACAGAGACAAUUCCUCUGUCGUCCCCUCCCCUUUUAAAAAGUCAGAAAUAUGAAAUGCUACUAUGAAAACUCAGAAAGAUAAAAUGAUUAUUAGAAGGUAGCAAUGCCUGCUUGACAGAAAGAGGGAAGUCAACCAAAACUCUACACAUGACUUAGCAUUUUAUAUAUUAAGAUAUAUAUAUUUGUAAGUAAAUAUAUAUAUAUGUAAAAAUUUGUAAAUGAAUAUUUAAGAGAGAUGGAUGUUGCUAAAUGGAAUUGUGUCCAAGUAGCAGACUGGCUUACACAAAAUGGCUUUGGUGAUUAUGUGUAUCUACUGACCGAGACUCAUCGCAUUGAUGGGCAGGUGCUGUUAACACUCAGUGAAAAUGACCUGAAGCAGGAACCAAUAGCAAUUCCAGUCCUUGGUGAUAUCAAACGCCUUAUGCUGCAUGUACAACACUUACAAGUAACUGCAGGCAACUCUUUAUCAAAUUGCAACCAUUCCUAUGUCCGUAAGGUGGAGAGCAGCAGAAUGACUGUACGCCGACGGAAUCUGCCUAGUCCUGUAGAAAGCCAGUCUGAUACAUCAUUGUUUGAAGAUUGUGAUGAAGUGUCAGGAGCUCAAUCACAACAUCUUGAUCCAGAAAUUUGGAAAACAGUUUUAAGUUUUUUCUAUAUAUUCACCGUCUUUCUAAUUACAUCAUUUGUGAUGGUCAUUGUCCAUGAACGAGUUCCUGAUAUGCGUAAAUAUCCUCCUCUUCCUGAUAUAUUUCUGGAUAAUAUGCCUUAUGUUCCAUGGGCUUUUGAAGUCUGUGAAAUGAUUGGAAUAAUCCUUGUCAGUAUGUGGUGUGCUGUUCUUUUCUUCCACAAACACAGGUUUAUUUUAAUGCGAAGAAUGUUUUCCCUGAUGGGUACUGUAUUCUUGUUACGCUGUGUUACAAUGCUUAUUACAUCACUAUCUGUGCCUGGAGUACACCUGCAGUGUGAAGCUAAGGACAAUGAUAUCUGGGCAAAGUUGACACGUACUUUAGAAAUUGCUACUGGAUUUGGUAUGACACUCCAAGGUGUACGUACAUGUGGUGACUAUAUGUUCAGUGGCCAUACAGUUUGCAUCACAAUGUUAAAUUUUUUCAUCUCUGAAUAUACAUCCCGGCAGCGGUUUUACUACAUCCAUACUAUCACCUGGGUCUUGAAUCUUUUCGGCAUCUUUUUCAUCCUUGCAGCCCAUGAACACUAUUCAAUUGAUGUCUUUAUUGCUUUUUACAUCACUACCCGUCUCUUUCUCUACUAUCACACAUUAGCCAACAACCGUGCUUUAAUGCAAAGAGACUCCAAAAGAACGAAAAUUUGGUUUCCACUCUUCUCAUUUUUUGAAUCCAAAUGUGAUGGUAUUGUACCAAAUGAAUAUGAAUGGCCUCUGAGUUGGCCAAAAUUUCUCAGGGAAAAUUUUAAAAAAUAGUAUAUAUACAAAAAUGCUUUAAAAAUUUUUUUAAUUAAAUUUUAUUUAACAUUUUCA